UUCAGUAUCAGGAUUUUUAUUUUUUUUUACAGGACAUACCUGGAGGAGGAAUUGACUAAAGCUCGAGAGAAGCCGAAGUUGCGUAAGGACAUGUAUAAGAAAAUGAUUGACGUGGACCCACUGGCACCCACUGUUGAGGAGAACUCACAGCACGCUGUGACAAAACCUCGGUACAUGCAGUGGAGAGAGACCAUCAGCUCCAGUGCUACCUUGGGUUUCAGGAUUGAGGGAAUUAAGAAAGCUGAUGGAACCUGUAAUACCAACUUCAAGACAACCAAGACAUGGGAGCAAGUUCUGCAAGUCUUUGUGGACUUCAUUAAGGGAGAUAAAGCUACAUUGAAAAAAUACUUGAAGCGUCUGUAUGAAAUUCGAAGUAUCCUUGAGUCUUCUGACUUUUUUAAACGUCAUGAGGUCAUUGGAAGUUCACUGCUGUUUGUGCAUGAUGAUAGUGGGUGUGCCAAUGUGUGGCUCAUUGAUUUUGGAAAGACUACUCUUCUUCCAGAUGGGCAGACCUUGGAUCAUAGGAUCCCUUGGCAAGAAGGCAACCGGGAGGAUGGCUACUUACUGGGACUGGACAAUUUGAUUGAUAUCUUAGAAAGUAUUUUGGAGAGAUGAGAAAAGACUGGGCCACUAUCUCUGUGGUAUAUUGCUCCACAAUUUUUAACUUUUCCAGAAUCAAUCCCUUGGAUAGAGGGAUUUUUUUUAAAAAAAAACAACGAAAUUCUUGCCAGAUUCUGUGGUCAUCCAGAAAUAUUUGCCUUUUUGUAAAACAUGGUGGAAACCCAAAGCCAGCCUGUGAGAACUGAAGCAAUGCAGGGGCAGUUGUGAAUCUGUCAAGCUAGCUUCAAAUUUUAUGGAACAAACAGAAUGUAUCCUGAGCAUUUGACAGUAUAUCAGAUAUCAGUAUAUCAGUCCUGAGUAAAAGCUAAAUUGCUUGGAUCCCAUGGGAUGAAGUUCUUCUAUAAAAAGCAGUCACCAACAGAAAUGACAGGCAGGCUCCAACCCUAAUCCUCAGCUGUGUGUUCACACAAUAGACAGGGUUGUUCACAUUCCAUGUGUUGGUUUGUGUGCCACAUAGAAUGGAACUUGGUUUGGAAUUUAUAUACUUCCCAGCUUUUCAAUUUCUUUUAAAUCUUCUGGUUUUCGUGGUGGAGCCAAAAGGUUUGAAAGCGCUCACACAGUGUGCUGAGGCUUCCAAAACCAAAUGGUUCUUGGAGCUUUUAGCAGUUAGUGAAAGAGUUUGUGCAUGUCUCCUCAAUACCUUUUUAUGCUUUCAAAAAACUCUCUUCCCUUGCUAGUGUACGUCUUUCCCCCUCUUUCUUUGCAUUUGUUGUCCUACCCCAGUCCUUUCCAAAAAUACUGUCAACUACCCCCCCCACUACCCCCCCAUCUGUUUCAAGCAAAUUUAGUCUAUAGCCUUGCCUGUGAAUUUGCACAAUGUUAUUCUUUGUACAGAAUAUGGAUUUACUUCUUGUAGAACUUGGGUGUGUCCAGGUCCACCUCCACUAGAGUAGAUCAGUCUGCUUUAAUUCUGCCACAGGGUCUAUUGUACAACAGAGAAAUAUAGUUUUUAAAAAUGGGAGCUUCUGGUUGACUUCAGAUUUUCUGUUGGUAACACUGUUCUUAUCUUCCCUUGAGAAUACUUUUAAAGGUGUUCGGAUUUUAAAUGUGUUGUUUAAAACUCAAUACAUUCUAAGGAAAAAACACCAAAGUGCUUUGAGAAUGACAAAAGGGCAACAUUAGCAGUGUUGAGGGAUUGUCCAAAAGUGACCAGUUGAAUUUCUGAAUGUUGGCGGGACCAUGCGUUAACAAUAAAUGAAACAAGUGCUACCUUAAUGUAGAUGACAUCAAAAUGUUUACUAUCCAGGGAUCAAAAAAAAGCAGGAGUCUCCUAGAAUCUUAAAGACCUUAAAGACUAACAAGUUUUUAUUCUAGCAUAAGCUGCUGCGGACUAGAGGCCUGUUCAUCAGAUGUUAUUAUUUGGAAAUCCAAAUCUGAUGUUGCUGCUCAGUAGUGACCUGUUUGUUUGCUUCUAGACCUGCCCCUUUCACUUGGGAAGUAUCAACAGAUUUCUGUAAGGGUUUAAAAAAAACUCCAGAUCUGUCCAUGCAGAGAAGGUGCAUUUAGGACUAGAAAUAUUUUAAAUGCUAGGCACUUUCUUACAGUGAAGCAUUAACAAGCCUAUCAGAUGAAUGUCCCAUCUCUACUGCAACUAUUAAUUUUAUAAGCUAGCUUUAUUUUGUGUAUGAAGACAAUGCAUCUUGGGAUCAAAGAAUACUGUAAUACAAACAUCGGAGAAGUACAAGAGACCCGAAGUCACUUUGAGCAAGAGUCAAUAUGGGUUGAUCUUGCAAAGUACUUUCUAUCUGUUGAAGCAAAAGUUUUGCUUCCUAUGAUCUGCUGUUCUAGGGAUUCAUAUUGGGAUUAGGGUGGGAGUCAAACAAAACCCUCAAUAAAAGAGGCUGUGAGCCGCUAUUUAUUUGAUAGGGAGAUGUGGCAGGCUUCAUGAAGACAAACAGGAGGGACUGUGGAGCUGCAGUUGGAGUGGAUGAUAAAGAACUUCUCACCUGCAUUCUUCUAGCUAGCUCUUCUUUUACCACCAAUUCCAAUGUAAAGUAUGACCUGCCCUAACUCACAGGGUUGUUGUGAGGAUUCAUACGGUGUUUAAAUUAUUUUCCUUAGAAGAAAAGUGAAAUAUAUAGAACUGUAAAAGAAUUUGUAUCGUUAGGAUAUAAAAUUGUGGAAACUCUCAGCCCAGAAAAGAUAAGAAUACCCUUUAUAUGUGCUGUAAGAAUAUCCACUAAAUAUCCUUCUGUUGAAUUCCAUGGCCAGAUUUCAAUAGUGGGGAAAUCAUGUUUUUCAAAUGGUUCAGUUAAUUUUGCCCGCAGUUCUGUUUCUGUUAGUAUAAACCAGAAAGAAAAGCUUGUCUUGUCUACUGAGGCUGUUGAUUGGAACACUACAGUGCAAUCCAGGUACUGAUUCUGACAUUCUAGCAAUAUAGGUUAGGAAUGUUAGUACUUGAAGAUGUGUGAUUAACAAAUAAAUUUGACUGAGAAUAGA